AUUGUCUUGCAUAUAUAAGUGCACAUUAAAAAGUCAAAAAUAUUUGUCAAAAUUUUGUUUUUCUUUUCGCUAAAAAUCUAAAAAAAACUAAUUCAUUUCAAUAAUUACCGAUACGAAAAAUGGAUCUGAUUGAAGUGUCAAAGACAAUUAAACUCAGAGACAAAAGAGUUGUCGAUGAAAUAUCCAAGGAAUUGUACUUGGACACGUUUGACGGCAUUUACACAUGUGAUUUAAUCAUCAAAUGUGGCAAAGACCUUUUCGAGUACUCAGCUCAUCGAAUAAUUCUCGCAUCUGCGAGCAAAUUUUUGUAUGACGCUCUUUCAACAGCACCUCCUGGAACUAUUUCUGUUCUGAUAUUGCCAGAUAUUGAACCGAAAACAUUAAAACAAAUUCUGAAAUACAUCUAUAACGGUGAAAUUACUCUCGACAAGGAAGAUAAUUACCUGAAAUUUAUUGAGGCAUGCCGAUUUUUGGAAAUUCCAGAUCCGAUUCUGGUUAUAAACGGACUCAAAAUGGAAGUUGAUGAAAAAGAUUCAGUUGAAGAUGAAAAUUUAGUGGACUUAACAUGGAAUGAUGUUCAUGACUUUGAUGAGUCGUCACAAUUUUCAUCCGUUGAAAGUCCCGGGCAAUUAUGUCAAAAUAUGCAAAAUUAUGGAAACACAAAUUUUACUGAUUUAACUGAAGAACAAAAAGAAGCUACUUUAGCAAAAGCAAAGAGAUGCGCAUUCUUUGUUUAUAUUCGUUCAGACCGGAAACCAGAUGGAGACUUGAAUCAAAUAGCAGACGAAACAAUUCUAAGUUUCAAAGGAACGUAUAUUGGUGCUUUACACAAAUGCGGAUUUUGUAAAAAGGCUAUAAGAUUAUAUUUUAAUAAGAAUCAAAAAUGUUGGCUAAAUGUUACUUUGAGAAAUCAUUUAAAGAUCAUGCACGGCGUAAAUAAUAUAAAAUCAGUACAAAAUUUUUUUUUUCACGAAAAUCAAAAUUUAGAAGAAAGAGGAUCUCGAGAAAGUGUACAAAAAAUGUGAUGAGAUCUCUAUAGACUUCCAGAUUUUUAUUCAAAACUUGAACAUCAAAGUGGCUUAAUUUUUUUAAUUUUAAAUUUAAAAGGAAUCAUUUCACAUAAUUUUCAACAUUUUUUAAUAAAGUUGUCGAUAACUUCAACAAUUUAUUUGUAAUUUUUUUUUAUAAAUCUUUUGUUUAUUUAUUUAUGGUACUUUUGUAA